CAUAUGUUGUACCAUGAACUCUAAUAACAAUGGGGAAGAGAAGCUACCCGAUGGUUGGAAGCAAUUCAAAUCGAAGUCUAACCCCGGUAGAAACUAUUACUUCCAUAUGAAAACAGGGAAGUCUCUUUGGACUCAACCUAAGGUAUAUUCUAUUUUACUUAAUAAGUUACGGGCUGAAGAUGGACCCAGUAAAUGCGAACAAAACAAACGUAAGAAUAAAAGAGAGAAAAAUAAAAAGAAAGAUGAACCACAGAAGAAAAAUUUGAAACGAAAAUGUUGCGCCGCAGAAGAUCAGACCUCAACAAAGAAACUGAAACCAGAAAAAACAGCAGGAAUACGGAAACCACAGCCAAAAAAGCCACCUUCCAAAAGGGAUGAUAGAGCUAAAAAGUUCCAUGCCAUUACACUUAAAAAGGAGAGUCCUCGAAAACCAACUAUACCUGUACCUUCACCUAGAUCUGUCCCAUCUCCACUGCCUACACAAAGAACACCUAACACUCUUAAAAAUGUAGCAAGAAACCAACUACAACACCCUUCCCCUAAAUUAACCCCUUUAGUACCUUCAAAAGAGACGGCACCUAAAAAUAUAAAUGAUAGAUUAUUACGGCCUUCCCCAAAAUCCACUCCUUCAACACAAUCUAAAGAAACAACUCCUAAAAACUUAGCAAGCAAUAGACUAUCACAUCUCAGAGCCCAACUAGAUUUUGAAAUUCAACAGUCAAGACCUGAAGACAUUGAUCUAUCGCCUGCUAAAGUGGCCAGAUGUAGUCCUAAGGCAAUUCCUUCAGAAAGUCCACUAAAUGAAUCAAAGGUGUCCACAACACAAUCACCAAGCAGUGACAGCAUUCAGUCUGCACCAUCUCCGUCUCAGUUUUUUGCGGCAAACAAAAUCAUAUCAUCAAUGAAGGCUCAAUUGCCUGAAGAGUACUGCAACAAAACUAAACAAAAAGACACAUUUGCAGAUAUAGAACAGGGUAUUUGCAAUCAAACUGCUGAAUAUCCGUCACUUAAACACCCAGCUACACCACCACAGUUUUCUGAAGCUAGUAAACUGGUUUCGGCUAUAAAAUCGAAAUUGUCUUAUAAAGUACCAUAUAAAGAUACACCAGUAAAGACUUUUAUGUCUGCUAAAGACAGAAUGGAAGCAUUACGGAAUAGGUUAAGUAAUGAUGCGGAAAGAGAUGAUAGUUUAAGUAGCAUUGAAUUACCCAAGUUUGAGGCAAUGGAUGUAGAAGACUCUGAAGAGAUGAGGCAGACCACAACUUCCUUUCAGUGCACAAAUGUAAAUAGCACAGAAAUCAAGGAGAAUGUAGUUUUAGUAGUGGACACAAACAUCUUUAUUCAUGAGCUUGAUGUUAUUAAGAAUGUCCUUAAUUCACAUAUAAAAGGCUAUUCAGAGCAACCGACGUUACUUGUCCCGUGGCGCGUUAUCAAUGAAUUAGACCGCCUGAAAGACAACAAUAAUGGCAACGGCGCCAUCUGCAAGCGCGCGCGCAGCGCCAUGGAUUACCUCUACAAGUCUCUGCCCGAGAAUAGUCGGAUAAAAGGCCAAUCACUACGUGACGCAAAUUGCCAUAUAUACCCAUGCGAACUGCCUGAUGACGAGAUUCUAAACUGCUGCCUGCAGCAGAAGGAGAGAGGAAUAUCUGUUAUUCUACUAUCAAACGACAAGAACCUGUGUAACAAGGCAUCAAUAAAUGGCGUGAAAUGCAUCACACUGGCCGAUCUAAAGCCACUGCUAGAGAACAAACCCCAGGCCACAGUGGAUCCCGACCUUUAUGCCAGUGUAAAGCAUUAUGAGAACACCAUGCACCAGUUGUUGGCAAACAUUUUAGAGAACGAAAUGCGAGCAAAGUACAACAAUCUGUGGCAGCAUGUGCUCUUCAAGGCUCCUCCUUGGACCCUCUCGGAUGUCCUCCAAUGCCUCCUCAAACACUGGAUCGCCGUAUUCAACGAAGUAUUCCCUCGAAUAGAACACCUUAUCACGGACUUGCGACACGCGUGGGUUUCUAUUGAGAGUAAACGUCCAAACUCUCUCUCUCAGUCCGAAGUAACGAACUUCAAAGAGCUUUGUUUAGAUAUAGCGAAGAAAUGCCAAAUAAUACCUGAAUACAUGCAGUUGGCCAAAAUCACAGUGGAACGAUUGCUGAAUAAAGAUAUGGUACAAGAAGAACAAUCAGAAAUGCCUAUUAUUGAUGCUUUUGAGGGCCUCUGGAUUGUUUUUUCUAGCUAUUGCGCAAAACUAGCAUCAGCAUUAGGCAUUUCUCAUACAUUAGAAGACAAGCUACCUGGCAAUGAUCCUUUACAUGUACUUAUGAGCAAAUGGUCCGUGUUCUGUUGUCAAAUUCGCGCGCUAACUUCGGCAAUGAAGGGAUUGUUAGAAAACACGGAUAGCAUAGAAGAAGAAAUACCAAAAUUAGCGGAAGUAUUCAAAGAGAGCUUGAGUGUUAUCAAUAAGGGCAGUAUAAGUGUGAACAAAGACAACAUGAGGAUAUUUUGUCUCAAUUGCAGGAACAUGUUGCAAGAAGCAUUCACAAAGUUUUCAGCGCUUUCCGAACUGUUAAACAUUUGCCAAACUCGUUUAAGUAACUAAUACAAUUGAAAACCCUAAAGUCGCUGU